AUCUAAAUAAGUCAUUAAAAGUACAACCAUAUAAUCCUACAGCAUUAACAUUUCGUGGAUUUAUUUAUCUAAAUCAGAGUAAAUAUGAUGAAUCGCUUGAAGAUCUAAAUAAGUCAUUAAAAGUACAACCAUAUAAUCCUACAGCAUUAACAUUUC